AUGACUGCCGAUUUCCAAUCUGCAGUUUACCCUGGUGAUGACAGCAGCCUAUGUCAUAGGACGGUAUCUUCAUCAACCUUUCAAGUCCCUAUGCGACGGAGACACAGUAUGAGGGAGUCAAGUACCACCUCAUCGUCAAUUAAAAACCAGCAGCCAUUUCGAUGCAGGUCUCCAGAUGCCGUCGGCCGAGAGGGCGGCUCCUAUUCUCCCGGAAUCAGUCCAGCCAAGCAGAAAAAAGUUGAAAAACAUUGUGUCUCUCCUCGCUUGGACAAGCAUCCCCGAGAACCGAAAUUCGAAUGCAACCUGCUGGAAGGCUGGGCAGCUGCCACUGCGGCCUGCGACCGAGCUGCCGCCGACCAGGUGACACCGGCGGCCGGGGAUGCGAGCGCACAUCCUUGUUACCUUCUCCCGCUACGAUGGGAAAACCAUUUGAGCGAGCUGACAGACCUCACCAUUUAUCUACAGCAACUCAGUGCGAGAUGCGACGUCCUGGUAGUAGACGGAUCGCCACCUCCCGUUUUCGCGGAACACCAUCGCCAUUGGGCGUCGUUUAGUACUCAUAUUGCCCCCGCUCCCGAUGUGGUCUACCGUAACGGCAAGGUCAACGGUGUCAUCACUGGCGUGCGGGCGACAACGGCAGAACGCGUCAUUAUCGCCGAUGAUGAUGUCCGCUACGACGACCAGUCGCUCGCACGGACGCUUACCCUGCUGGCCGACGCAGACAUCGUUGUCCCUCAGAACUACUUCGACCCGUUACCCUGGCACGCAGCCUGGGACAGCGCCCGGAUCCUGCUUAAUCGCGGACUUGGGAUGGACUACCCUGGUACAUUGGCUAUCCGCCGGACCGCGUUUAUGGCGGCCGGCUGCUAUGAUGGGGAUGUACUGUUCGAGAACCUCGAACUGAUGCGUACACUGCAAGCCAACGGCGCGCGGCUCGUUACGGCUUCGGACGCUUUUGUCCGAAGGCUCCCGCCAGAAUUCCGCCAUUUCGCUGACCAGCGGGUCCGUCAGGCCUACGACAGCCUCGCGCAGCCACUAAGACUCGCAGCCGAGGUGGCGCUGUUACCGGCGGUCGCGCUUGCCGUCUUGACUAAGAGUAGCUGGUUGCUGCUGGGGGGUGCUGUCACUGCAGUGGCCUUAGCAGAGAUGGGCCGGCGACGGCAGGGUGGAACGAUGGUGUUCUCCUGGUACCUUCCGCUGCUGGCUCCGCUCUGGCUGGCCGAGCGGGCAGUGUGCAGCUGGCUUGCCCUAGGCUCCCGACUGCGCGGUGGCGUCUGCUACCGGGGUCAGCGGCUGCUGCGUGCCGCUACCUCAGACAAGGUACUCCGCCGCCGUGCGGCUGCCUUAAGCGUCGAAAGUACCACGACCUGGCCUGCAUGA